UCAAUAUGAAACUGUUUUGGGCAUUGAUGUUCACAGUUUUCUACUGUGGGUAUUUGUCCCAAGGGCAAGGGGUUAAUUCAACUCUUUCUGCAAGGCCUAGUGUUGUGAACAUUGGGUGUAUUCUUACGUUGACGUCUAACGUUGGUAAAAUUACAAAACUGGUAAUACAGACUGCAGUAGAAGAUAUCAAUUCUAAUCCAGCUGUUCUUGGUGGAACCAAGUUGAAUAUCACCUUCCUUGAUAACAACUCCAAUGGAUUGCUGUGGAUAAUUGAAGCUAUAGAGUACAUGGAGACGGACAUGGUGGCCAUAAUUGGCCCCCAAUCUUCAGUCAAAGCUCAUACGAUUGCCCACAUUGCAAAUGAGAUCCAUGUCCCUCUAUUGUCUUUCUCUGCCACUGAUCCUGCUCUCUCUCCCCUUCAGUAUCCAUUCUUUGUCAGGACCUCACCAAAUGAUAUGUUUCAGAUGGCUGCAAUAGCAUCAAUUGUCCAAUACUAUGAAUGGAAAGAAGUGGUUGCUAUAUAUGUAGACAAUGACUAUGGAAGGAGUGGCAUUGAUGCAUUAGGAGAUCAACUUGCUAUCUCUUAUAAAGCACCUCUGAAACCUCACGCAACGUUGGAAGAAGUGAAGGAUAUGUUAGCUCAACUGGCGGCUUUAAUGGAAUCACGAAUUAUUGUUGUUCACACUUAUGCUUAUAUGGGACUGGAGAUAUUUUUUCAGGCGAAGAGUUUAGGAAUGACAAAAAGUGGGUAUGUGUGGAUUGCUACCAACUGGCUCUCCACUAUCAUUGACACCAUCGGUCCCCUUUCUUCAGACGUAAUGGACAACAUUCAAGGAACUAUUACAUUACGCACAUAUAUUCCAGAUUCAGAAGGAAAGAGGAAGUUUGUGUCUAGGUGGAGCGAUUUGGCCAAAAGAAUUGAUACUAAUAGUAGUUUAGGGAUGUGCACUUAUGGUUUAUAUGCUUAUGACACUGUGUGGCUACUUGCUCGUGCUCUUGAUGCAUUCUUCAAACAGGGUGGAAACAUUUCAUUUUCAAGAGUUCCUAUACAUACAACCGGGGGCUUAAAUCCUUAUUCUAUGAAUGUGUUUGAUGGAGGGAAGUUAUUGCUGGACAACAUUUUGAAGACCAAUAUUUCUGGGGUGACAGGACUGUUCAAAUUUACCUCGGAUAGGGAACUCUAUCGCCCUGAAUUUGAAGUUAUUAAUGUGAUUGGAACUGGAACCAAGAAAGUUGGUUAUUGGUCUAAUUACUCUGGAUUAUCAGUGGUGCAUCCUCACUCUCUCUACUCCACUCAUUUACCAUCAAAUCAUCAAAAAUUAUAUCCUAUUUUCUGGCCAGGAGAAACAAGACAGACACCUCGAGGGUGGGCCUUUCCAAACUGUGGGAGGCAACUGAGAGUAGGAGUGUCUAUCAAAGCUGACCUUAAUGAAUAUGUUGAACAUGUACUAGGUACUGAUACUUUCCAAGGCUACUGUAUAGAGGUCUUCACAACUGCAAUAAAAUAUUUGCCAGAUGAUGUAAGGGUAACAUACAAAUUUUUCCCCUUUCGAGACGAAAACAGUACAGAACUUGUGCGCCAAAUCACUGAAGGGGUUUAUGAUGCAGGUGUGGGUCUGAUUGGAAUCACAAAUAAUCGGACAAAAAUGGUUGAUUUUACUCCACCUUUUAUGGAGUCAAGUCUAGUUUUGGUGGCACCAUUUAGAGAGAGGGGCUCUAGUACUUGGUCUUUUCUUAGGCCAUUUAAUGCUAGGAUGUGGUGUGUCACCGGAAUGCUUUUUCUUACUAUUGGGGCAGCAGUUUGGAUUUUGGAGCAUAGAGUGAAUGAUGAUUUUCGCGGACCGGUUAGAAAGCAAAUAGAAACUAUUAUUUGGUUUGGGUUUUUGACAUUUUUCUCUGCCAGCAAUAACGAUAACACAUUCAGAAUUGUGAGCAUCUUAGGACGCCUUGUUCAUAUGACAUGGCUAUUUGCGAUUAUAAUAAUAACCUCUAAUUACAUGGCCAACCUUUCCUCAAUACUCGUGGCUCAACAUCCUUCUUCCCUAAUUAAAGGAAUUGAAAGUUUGGUAGCAAGAAAUGAGCCCAUUGGUUACCUUCUUGAUACUGGUUCAACGGCUCGUACUCAUCUCAUUCAACAACUACACGUUCAGGAAUCCAACCUCAUUCCUUUUAAUAACAUGGAAGAUUUUGCUGAAGCUUUAAGAGAUGGUCCUAAUAAAAAAGGUGGCGUUGCCGCUGUGAUAGGUUACAGUAUUUAUAUGGAACAGUUCCUCUCAACCCACUGUGAAUUCGUUACUGUAGGUCCAGAGCUUAGCAGAAUCGGAUGGGGAUUUGCCUUUCCCAAACACUCUCCUUUGGCAGUUGAGAUGUCAAAUGCAAUUUUGAAAAUGUCAGAAAGUGGAGAGCUUCAAAGGAUCCAAGACAUGUGGCUGCUGAGAAGAGCUUGCAUGUCGCUAAACACAAAGCUUGAAGUGAACCGGCUUGAUGUGAAGAGCUUCUCGGGGCUUUUCUUAAUGUGCGGAUGUGCAUGCCUUGUAGCCUUGUUGCUGCACUUCAUUCUGGCAAUACGCCACUUAAUUACUUGUAGCUAGCUAGCUAGUAGUGUAUGGCCGAGUUUAUUUAAAACUGCUAAUAAGGUAUAAGUUCUGUUUAGUAAUGUUUUCUAAAUAAGUUAGUAGUUUUAAAUAAAAGUAGGUAGCCUUUAAAAAAUAUGUUAGUAGCUUCCUAACUUUUUUUUUUUUUAUCUUGAUUCUUAUUAUUUUAAAUAAAUGGCAUCCUUUACUCCGCA